CCGACGUCAGACUCGAUCCUGCCCUUCAAUGUUUUCUCUCCUUUUUACCGAGCAAACUAACGGAUAUUGUCGCCGCUGGCGCCCGACGUGGGUCGGAGGGCGAACAAAGACGAGUGGCGGACAAAGCUGCAACGAGUGGAGAUGAUUGUGUUUCCUGUUGGGCGCGGGGCGGGGUGAUGUUUCUGUUCCGGUAUAAAAAGCAAAAUGGAUCCCAGACGAGCGGCGGAGCUGUGGCGCGACCAAGGAGACAACAAUGAGGGCGUAGCGAGGGGACGACAGUGAAGACAAUGAGGACGUUAACGUUAUUUCCACUAUGUUGUCUCCUGCUGGUUACCGGGCGAGCGUGGGCCGCCGGGAACCAGACCGUGGACGGCAGCCGGUACAUCAUCAUCGGGGACGGCUCGUCCAACGAAUUCGAGUUCCCUGAAAACACCAACGGCGUGAUUGUGGUGUCCAGCUUGUACCGCAGCCCCAGCGGGAAAGAGACGGUGACGGUCCGCUCCUUGGACCCGGAGGUGCUCUCCAUCCUCAACGUGACGGACGCCGGCCACGCCGGACCCACGAAGAGCUACGUCAUCAGCAUCCGCUCCGGCUUCCCCGGCCAGGCCCAGCUGGAAAUCCGGCUCCUCCUGGACCCGGACCGGGACUCCGCGGUGCUGAUCGAGGAGCGGACGGACUACUCCAUCAUCGUGGCGGCCGGUCGGGAGGACUCCGCCACGCGGCUCGUCCGCUCGGGCGGCUUGGCCCAUUUCUCGGAGAACCCGGUUCUGUUCGCCUUGCUGCCCCUCAUCUUCGUCAACAAGUGUGCCUUCGGCUGCAAGGUGGAGGUGGAGGUUCUGAAGGCGCUGCUGAGGAGUCCGCUGCCGCUGCUGCUGGGGGUUCUGGCCCAGUUCCUGGUCAUGCCGCUGUACGCCUACUGCGUGGCCCGCCUGGCCGUCCUCCCCAAAGCGCUGGCCCUGGGCUUGGUUAUCACUUGCUCCGCCCCCGGCGGCGGAGGCGGGUACCUGUACAGCCUCCUGCUGGGGGGCGACGUCACCCUGGCCAUCUCCAUGACGCUGGUGUCCACGGUGGUGGCGGCCGGCGCCAUGCCGCUUUCGUCGGCGCUGUACGGCCGCCUGCUGGGCGUCCACGCCGCCCUCCACGUCCCCUUCGUGAAGAUCCUGCUCACCCUCCUCUUCAUCGCCAUCCCCAUCUCGCUGGGCAUGAUGGUGAAGCUGCGCCUGCCCGCCCUGACCCGCGUCCUGCUGGGCCUCAUCCGGCCCUUCAGCUUCGUGCUGAUCGUGGGCGGCAUCUUCAUGGCGUACCAGAUGGGGGCCUCCAUCCUGGCCGACGUCAGGCCCCAGAUCGUGGCGGUGGGGGCCACGGUGCCUUUGCUGGGCUUGGCGGUGGGGGCGGUCCUGGCCAAGCUGGCGGGCCUGGCCCCGCCGCAGAGGAAGACUGUGAGCAUCGAGGUGGGCGUCCAGAACAGCCUGCUGGCGCUCGCCGUCAUGCAGCUGUCCUUUCGCCGCGCCGAGGCGGACUUCGCGUCGCAGGCGCCGUUCAUCGUGGCGCUGAGCAGCACCUCGGAGAUGCUCCUCAUGGUGCUGGCCUUCUACACCCGACGCUGGUUGUGCGGCUCGCACGCCGCCGCCAGCCACACCUGAUUGUAGCUUUUAUUUGGACAAACGCAACCUGUUGGGGGGGGGGGAAAAAGCUGUUUCACUUUUAUCGACUUUUUGUGGAUCCCCUUUUUCAUACGUUUUCACGAAAAAAACAAAAACAAACCAAAGGCCUUCUUCUACCCCUCACAUCUUUCUGGGAUCUUUUCAGUCAACAGUGGAACCCCCUUAAGUCGACAACGCCCGUUUAUGCCUACAACUUUUUUGUUCCGUUUAUAUUGACAAUCCGCCUGCGCCGACAACCCAUUUAUGUUGUCAACCAAUUUAUCCCAUUCAGAUUGGCAUCCUGUUUAUAUUGAGAAGCUGUUUAUGUUGACAGCCCAUUUAUGCCAUAGCCCCGUCUCAGAGGUCGACAACCAAUUUAUGUUCAUAUUGGCAACCUGUUUAUAUUGAGAACCUGUUUAUGUUGACAGCCCAUUUAUGGUAUAGACCCGUCUCAAAUGAAAAUCACCCGUUUAUGUUGACCACCAUUUCAUGUCAAGCCAUUUAUGUUUGCAACCAAUUUAUCCCAUUCAUAUUGGCAUCCGGUUUAUAUUGAAAACCUGUUUAUGUUGACAACCCGUUUAUGUUGACAGCCCAUUUAUGCCAUAGCCCUGUCUCAGAGGUCGACAACCCAUUUGUUUGCAACCCAUUUAUCCCGUUCCAAUUGGCAACCUGUUUAUAUUGAGAAACUGUUUAUGUCGACAACCCAUUUAUGUUCAUAUUGGCAACCUGUUUAUAUUGAGAACCUGUUUAUGUUGACAGCCCAUUUACGGUAUAGACCCGUCUCAAAUGAAAAUCACCCGUUUAUGUUGACCACCAUUUCAUGUCAACAAUCCAGUUAUGUUGACAGCCUCUUUAUGCCAUAGCCCUGUCUCAGAGGUCAACAACCCAUUUGUUUGCAACCCAUUUAUCCGGUUCAUAUUGGCCUCCUGUUUAUAUUGAGAAACUGUUUAUGUUGACAACCCGUUUAUGUUGACAGCCCAUUUAUGCCAUAGCCCCGUCUCAGAGGUCGACAACCCAUUUAUGUUUGCAACCCAUUUAUCCCGUUCAUAUUGGCAACCUGUUUACGUUGACAGUCCAUUUAUGUUACAAACCCGUUUCAAAUGACAACCACCCGUUUAUGUUGACCACCAUUUUAUGUCAACAAUCCAUUUAUGUUGACAGCCUCUUUAUGUCAUGAGCCCGUCUCAGAGGUCGACAACCCAUUUAUCCCGUUCAUAUUGGCAUCCUGUUUAUAUUGAGAACCUGUUUAUGUUGACUGCCCAUUUAUGCCAUAGCCCCGUCUCAGAGGUCGACAACCCAUUUAUGUUCAUUUUGGCAACCUGUUUAUGUUGACAGCCCAUUUAUGAUAUAGACCCGUCUCAAAUGAAAAUCACCCGUUUAUGUUGACCACCAUUUCAUGUCAACUAUCCAGUUAUGUUGGCAGCCCCUUAAUGUCAGCCCAUUUAUGUUUGCAACCAAUUUAUCCCGUUCAUAUUGGCAUCCGGUUUAUAUUGAGAACCUGUUUAUGUUGACAGCCCAUUUAUGCCAUAGCCCUGUCUCAGAGGUCAACAACCCAUUUGUUUGCAACCAAUUUAUCCCGUUCAUAUUGGCAUCCGGUUUAUAUUGAGAACCUGUUUAUGUUGACAGCCCAUUUAUGCCAUUGCCCCGUCUCAGAGGUCAACAAUCCAUUUGUUUGCAACCCAUUUAUCCGGUUCAUAUUGGCAUCCUGUUUAUAUUGAGAAACUGUUUAUGUUGACAACCAGUUUAUGUUGACAGCCCAUUUAUGCCAUAGCCCCGUCUCAGAGGUCGACAACCCAUUUAUGUUUGCAACCCAUUUAUCCCGUUCAAAUUGGCAACCUGUUUACGUUGACAGCCCAUUUAUGUUACAGACCCGUCUCAAAUGACAACAACCGUUUAUGUUGACCACCAUUUUAUGUCAACAAUCCAUUUAUGUUGAUAGCCCCUUUAUGUCAUAAGCCCGUCUCAGAGGUCGACAACCCAUUUAUCCCGUUCAUAUUGGCAUCCUGUUUAUAUUGAGAACCUGUUUAUGUUGACUGCCCAUUUAUGUCAUAGCCCCGUCUCAGAGGUCGACAACCCAUUUAUGUUGUCAACCCAUUCAUCCCGUUCGUAUUGGCAACCUGUUUAUGUUGAGGCAUGUUCAUGUUGACAACCUGUGUAUGUUGACAGCCCAUUUAUGUUAUGGACCCGUCUCAAAUGACAACCAUCCGUUUAUGUUGACCACCAUUGUAUGUCAACAAUCCAGUUAUGUUGACAGCCCUUUAUGUCAUAAGCCCGUCUCGGAGGUCGCCAACCCAUUUAUCCCGUUCAUAUUGGCAUCCUGUUUAUGUUGAGAACCCGUUUAUGUUGACAGCCCAUUUAUGUCAUAGCCCCGUCUCAGAGGUCAACAACCCGUUUAUGUUGUCACCCCUUUCAUCCAGUUUAAAAUUGGCAACCUGUUUAUAUUGAGAACAUGUUCAUGUUGACAACCCGUGUAUUUUGACAGCCCAUUUAUGUCAUAGACCCGUCUCAAAUGAAAACCACCCGUUUAUGUUGACCACCAUUUUAUGUCAACAAUCCAGUUAUGUUGACAGCCCUUUUAUGUCAUAAGCCCGUCUCAGAGGUCGACAACCCAUUUAUCCCGUUCAUAUUGGCAUCCUGUUUGUAUUGAGAACCUGUUUAUGUUGACAACCCGUUUAUGUUGACAGCUCAUUUAUGCCAUAGCCCCGUCUCAGAGGUCGACAACCCUUUUAUGUUUGCAACCCAUUUAUCCCGUUCAUAUUGGCAAACUGUUUAUAUUGAGAAAAUGUUAAUGUUGACAACCCGUUUAUGUUGACAGCCCAUUUAUGCCAUAGCCCCAUCUCAGACGUCGACAACCCAUUCAUCCCGUUCAUAUUGGCAUCAUGUUUGUAUUGAGAAACUUUCUGUUGACAGCCCAUUUAUGCCAUAACCCUGUCUCAGAUGUCGACAACCCGUUUAUGUUGUCAACCCAUUCAUCCUGUUCAUAUUGGCAACCUGUUUAUAGUGAGAACAUGUUCGUGUUGACAGCCCAUUUAUGUCAUAGACCCGUCUAAAAUGUCAACAGCCCGUUUAUGUUGACCACUAUUUUAUGUCUAGAACCCAUCUAUGAUGACAACCUGCUUAUGUCAUCAACACAUAUCUUGUUUAUAUUGUCAACACAUUUAUGUCAACAACGCCCCGUCUAAAGUGCUGUCCACUUCAUUUUGGCAACCUGUUUAUGUUCACAAUAGGUCUAUGUUGACAGCGGGUUUAUGUCAUAGACCCGUCUCAAAUGUUAAAAACUAAUUUAAGUCAUUUAACAACCCAUCUAUGACAACAACCUGCUAAUGUCGUCAACACAUCUAUCCUGUUUAUAUUUGCAACCCAUUUAUGUCAACAACACCCAGUCUAAAGUGAUGACCAUGUCUAUGUUGACAGCCUGUUUGUCAUAGACCCGUCGCAAAUGUCAACAACUCAUUUAUGUUGACCACCAUUUUAUGUCAACCCAUCUAUGACAACAACCUGUUUAUGUCGUCACCACAUCUAUCUGUCUAUAUUGAUAACCCGUUUAUGUUGACAGCCCAUUUACGUCAUAGACCUGUCUCAAAUGUCAACAAUCCAUUUAUGUUGACCACCAAUUUAUGUCAACAAUCCAUCUAUAACGACAACCUGUUUGUCGUUAAAACAUCCUUUUUGUUUAUAUCGACAAGCUGUUUAUGUCAACAACACCUUGUCUACGGUGACAACCAGUUCAUAUUGGCAACCUGUUUAUGUUGACAACCCAUCAAUGUUGACAAGCUGUUUAUUUUGACAUAUCCUUUAUAUUGACAACCCAUUUAUUUCGACCACCCGUUGAUGUCAGUGACUACCCGUUUCUGUUGACAGCCCAUUUAUGUCAUAGACCGUCUCAAAUGUCAACAGCCCAUUUAUUCCAUUCAUAUUGGCAACCUGUUUAUAUUGAGAACCUGUUCUUGUUGACAGCCCAUUUAUGUCAUAGACCGUCUCAAAUGUCAACAACCCAUUUAUUCCAUUCAUAUUGGCAACCUGUUUAUAUAGAGAACCUGUUCUUGUUGACAGCCCAUUUAUGUCAUAGACUGUCUCAAAUGUCAACAACCCUUUUAUGUUGACCACCGUUUUAUGUCAACACUCAUGUAUGACAAUAACCUGUUUGUGUUGUCACAAAAACUUGUCCUGUUUAUAUCAGCAACCCAUUUAUGUCAACAACACCCGAUCGACAGUGACAACCUGUUCAUAUUGGCAACUUGUUUAUGUUGAAAACCCAUCGAUGUUGAAGAGCCGUUUAUUUUGACGGAUCUUUUAUAUUGACAACCCAUUUAUGUUGACCACCCGUUUAUGUCUUGGACAACCUGUUUAUGUUGACACCCUUUUCAAAUUGACAACUUGUCUAUGUGGGCCAACUCCUCAAAUCCUUGUGUUAAGAUUACGAGAAAGCGCUAGCUCAAGUCGACAUCGACCGCUUUUGUUGAAUUUGAGAACCAAAGCAAAAAUUUCUAUGAAAAGUUCUUUUUUUAUCCUCCAUUCUGUCCAUGAUGUCUCCUGACAAAGUCACAAGUAAAAUGCAUAGUUUGAGUUAUGACACCAAACGCUUAUGUCGAUGCAAAUCAGUCAGUUUAAGGGAGGUCGACUUAAACAGGUUCCACUGUAUUGGCUUUAAAAAAAAAAAAGAUCCACUGUGAGCUUAGUGAAGAUUCUCAAGAAGAGAAAACAUUUAUGAAAAAAAAAGUAUAUUUUUCUAUUAAAUGCCAUUUUGUAAAGAAAAACAAAGAUUAUAUUGUUUCAUGUUUACAAGCUUCAACGUGUCUUAAAGUGACAACAACAACGUUUCAAAUGAAAAUGUUUGCUACUGAUUGUGUUUCAUGGAAAUGUAUCCGCUUACUUGAAUACUUCAGAGGAGAAAGGAAGAGGAAAAAAAGAAUAAAAAAGAAAAACUUUGCAAAGCACGACGUGUGUGUGUGUGUGUGUGUGUGUGUGUGUGUGUGUGUGUGUGUGUGUGUGUGUGUGUGUGUGUGUGUGUGUGUGAAGUGGUUGUUUGCACUCAGAGGUCGGAAAAAAGUAUUCAUACCUUUUUGAACUUUUAACACAUUUUGUAACGACCACAAAGGAAAACAUUUUACUGGCAUUGUAACGGUGUUCCUUUUUAAGAAUAAAAUGGUGUAAAAACAAAAAA